UGGCAACUGGACCCUUCUCAGCUUUUACAGGGUUCCAGACUCUCAUCAAGCUAAGCAUUUUGUUUUUUCUUUCCAAAAAAAGAGAAAUUACAAAUAUAUAUUUUAUUAUUUUUAAAUCAGAUCUAAACCGUUUCACAAGAAACGAUUUCGCCAACUCACCACCUAACCUGAAAAUUUUGAAUUUAUGCAAAAGCAACAACAAUAGCAAAACCAAAAGCAGAGAAGGAGGAGAAGAAGCAGAAGCUGAAUUCUGUUUCAGGAAAAGGAAAACAGAAAGCCCUCUUCUCUUUUCUUCUUCCUCAACACCAAGGUUGGGUUGGGUUGGAUUACGAGAAACAGCCACAGUUUGUGUGAGUUUCGUUGUUAAUCUUAACAGCCUUUACACUCUCUUUUAGCAAACCAAGCUUGUCACAGAGUUUGUUUUCUUUUUGCCUUUUUGUUUUCGCGCAACGGUGGAAACAGAUACAACCACAACGUUUCCUUCUUCUACCUGUUAACAAACCCUCAAAAUUUUAGCCUCAGAAUUCUGUAAUUCUUAUCUUAAUUCGGUUUUUUUUUUUAUUGGGAACUGUGGUUUGGAGAGAGGUGGCGUGGCGUAGCGUGGCGUUCAUUGAGACACCUUUUUUUAUUAAAUUUUAUUUUUGCGGAUUAUAAAAUUGGUUUUGUAUUGAAGGAAUAAAUUGCAAUAGAAAAUGAUGGUGUCUGCGUCACCGGCAGCGGUGGCAAGGAGCUCAUUGGAGGAGAUGCUGGACUCGCUUCGGCGGCGAGAUGAGGCCUUGGAGAAGACCAAAGAACUGCCGCCUGCUUUGCCAGCUCGGCCCACCUCAAGGGCACGACUUCCCUCUGCGCGGCACUCACUGCCCACUGACUUCAUGGUAGGUGCCAAUGGCCAAAUGGAAAGCAAAGUGGAAAUUGAAGUUAAUAAAGGGAAGGAGGAUACAAUUAGGAAGGAGAAGCAGUUAGGGAACAAGACAGGAAGUUUUGGAAGCAAGAAGAUGAGGAAAGAUCAGAAUUGUGUGGAUUCAAAUCCUUAUUCGGAGGAGAAGAAUGGGCCAGCAAAGGGACCUGUUAUUAGUUCAAUACCAAACGCUGAAGAGCCAGAGUGGGAGGACAACAUUGGCUAUUUUAUCAAGAAGAAACUACGAAUCUGGUGUCAGCUUGCAAAUGGGCGAUGGGGUUCAGGGAAUAUACAAUCAACUUCAGGGGAUGAAGCAGUUGUCUUACUCUCAGGUGGAAAUUUUGUAAAGGUGUCUACUGCAGACCUCUUGCCUGCAAACCCAGAUAUUCUUGAGGGUGUAGAUGAUCUUAUGAAGCUUAGUUAUCUGAAUGAGCCAUCAGUUUUUUACAAUCUUAAGUACCGAUAUUCUCAGGAUAUGGUUUAUAGCAAAGCAGGGCCAGUUUUAAUUGCUGUAAAUCCCUUCAAAGCUGUUCCAUUUUAUGGAAAUGAAAUUAUCACAGCUUAUAAGCAGAAGCUUCUGGACAGUCCUCAUGUUUAUGCUAUAGCAGACACUGCUUACAGUGAGAUGAUGAGAGAUGAAAAAAAUCAAUCCAUAAUUAUAAGUGGUGAAAGUGGAGCUGGGAAAACCGAGACAGCAAAGCAUGCAAUGCAAUACUUGGCUAAUCUUGGUGGUGGCAUUGGUGGCAUAGAGCAUGAGAUUCUUCAGACCAACUGCAUACUUGAAGCAUUCGGAAAUGCAAAAACAUCCAGGAAUGACAACUCCAGCAGAUUUGGGAAGCUAAUUGAAAUUCAUUUCAGCACAUUAGGGAAGAUAUGCGGUGCUAAAAUUCAAACUUUUCUGCUAGAAAAGUCUAGAGUAGUUCAGCUGGCCAAGGGUGAAAGAUCUUACCAUAUAUUUUACCAACUUUGUGCUGGUGCUCCAUCAAUUCUUAGAGAGAGAUUGAACCUUAAAAUGGCUAGUGAGUACAACUAUCUUAACCAGAGUGAGUGCUUGGUAAUUGAUGGUGUUGAUGAUGCCCUGAACUUUCAUAAGCUUAUGGAAGCCUUAGACAUUAUUCAAAUUUGCAAAGCUGAUCAGGAGCAGACAUUUGCAAUGCUUGCUGCAAUAUUGUGGCUUGGAAAUGUAUCAUUUCAAGUAAUUGGCAAUGAAAAUCAUGUGGAGGUGUUGGCUGAUGAAGCUAUAACAAAUGCUGCCAGGCUGAUGGGUUGUAGUAUCCAGGACUUGACACUUGCCUUAUCAACCCAUAAAAUUCGAUGUGGAAAGGAUGAUAUUGUUAAAAAGUUGACAUUCCAGCAGGCAAUUGACAGAAGAGAUGCAUUGGCAAAGUUUAUCUUUGCAAGCUUGUUUGAUUGGCUUGUGGAUCAAAUCAACAAGUCACUUGGAGUGGGCAAACUGUGUACUGGAAGAUCCAUAAAUAUCCUUGAUAUUUAUGGGUUUGAGUCAUUUAUGAAUAAUAGCUUUGAACAAUUUUGCAUUAAUUAUGCAAAUGAGAGGCUGCAGCAACAUUUCAACAGGCAUCUAUUUAAACUUGAGCAGGAGGAUUAUCAAGAGGAUGGGAUUGAUUGGACUAAAGUUGAUUUUGCUGACAACCAAGAAUGCUUAAACCUCUUUGAAAAGAAACCUUUAGGACUACUGUCUUUGUUGGAUGAGGAAUCAAAUUUCCCCAAUGCCACUGAUUUCACGUUUGCCAAUAAGCUUAAGCAGCACUUGAGCAGUAAUCCUUGCUUUAAAGCUGAAAGAGGGAGGGCUUUUGCCAUUCUUCAUUACGCUGGAGAGGUUGUAUAUGAUACAAAUGGCUUCCUGGAAAAGAACCGAGAUCUGCUGCACUCAGAUUUCUUCCAACUACUGUCAUCCUGCAGUUGCCAACUGCCACAAUUGUUUGCCUCCAGAAUGUAUAAUCGAUGGGAGUCUUUGAAAUUUGCAAGUCCAUUAAGCCAAUCUGGUGGAAUGGAAUUCUCAACACAAAGUGUCGGUACUAAGUUCAAGGGGCAACUAUUCAAACUGAUGCACCAGCUGGAGAAGACCACACCUCACUUCAUUCGCUGCAUAAAACCAAAUACUAAGCAGCUUCCUGGAGUCUAUGAAGACAAUCUUGUCUUACAACAACUUCGAUGUUGUGGAGUUUUGGAGGUGGUUAGGAUUUCAAGAUCUGGGUAUCCAACUCGAAUGACUCAUCAAGACUUUGCUCAAAGGUAUGGCUUCCUACUCUUGGGGACAAAUGUAUCUCAAGAUCCAUUAAGCAUAUCAGUUGCUGUUCUACAACAAUUUAAUGUAGCCCCUGAAAUGUAUCAAGUUGGUUAUACCAAAGUGUUUCUUCGGACAGGCCAGAUAGCGAAAUUGGAGGAGCAGAGGAAGCGAGUUCAACAAGGCAUACUUGGGGUCCAAAAAUGUUUCCGUGGCUCCCAAGCUCGUCGUGAUUUAAAUAAACUGAAACAAGGAGUGACAAUAUUACAAUCAUUUGUCCGUGGUGAAAAUGCCAGAAGGAAGUAUAAAUCUAUGCCAAGGAGUUGCACAGUUAAUGCUACCCUCACAGUUGAUAUUGAUAAUAAGCUGGUGGCAAUUAUAUGCUUACAAUCUGUAAUCCGUGGGUGGUUGGCUCGGAAGCAAUUCAAUGACAAGUGUAAAUUGAUUCCAAAUUCUAAAAGAAAGCUAGGAAGGAAGAUUUCAGAAGUGAAGGUCAUACCACAAGAGCAAGUUGAGCUUCAGACUUCGAUUUUGGCAGAACUUCAAAGGAGGGUUACUAAAGCAGAAGUAACUCUAGUGCAAAAGGAAGAGGAAAAUGCUGCAUUGCGGGAACAAUUACAACAGUUUGAGAGACAGUGGUCAGAAUAUGAGGCAAAGAUGAAAGCAAUGGAAGAAACAUGGCAAAUGCAGAUGGUAUCAUUGCAAACAAGUCUUGCUGCAGCCAGAAAGAGUCUUGCUACUGAUAACACUGCUGGUCAACCUGGAAAACUACUUGAUUCUUUUGCAUCACCUCACUAUUAUGAUUCUGAGGAAAACACGUCCUCAGGACUUCGAACUCCUGGUGGAAGCACGCCCAGCAAAAUGCCUCUUACCAUUCAUGAUGGAGGAGUAGGGAGAGAGACUAAUGGCCCUAUAAAUGCGGUCAGCAUUCUUGCAAAGGAAUUUGAGCAACGGAGACAAAAUUUUGAUGAUGAUGCCAAAGCACUAGCCGAGGUUAAAGCAGCUCAACCUGCUUCUGAUUCAGAAUUUAGAAAAUUGAAAUUAAGAUUUGAGACAUGGAAGAAAGAAUACAAAGUAAGAUUAAGAGAGACAAAGGCAAGGCUUAACAAAUUUGGGCAUGGAGAAAUUGAAAGAAGAACUCGAAAAUGGUGGGGAAAGAUAGGGCCAAAGGGGUUCCGACGCUCCCAUGUUUGAUUACCAUUUUCCACUUGGAGGGUAGGGAUGGUCAGAUAAAUGUGGAGGGAGCUCAAGGAACGCACGAGAAGUGUACAAAGCCAUCAUGUGGCUUCCCCAUUGUCUAGUGGUUGGUUUGCUCUUUAAAGCCCCAGAAAUUUGGUCUAUGUUGUGAUGGUAGCUGAGUUGGAAAAAUUAUAUUUUUUUAUCCACCAAAUUGUUGAUCAAUGAAAAGGAUUAAUGAUCAUGUAUAGUCGAAUAGGUUUUCUAAGAUUCAUGCUCCAGCGUCUCUUUUUGCAAACUAGGUUAGGCUAUUUGUAUAUAUUCUGUUAUCAUAGAUGUAAUGAGACAAACUUGGUAGUACCAAGCGUGAAAAUAUGAAAUGAAAUUAUUUAUAUUGCCUGGUUCUCUCA